AUGGAGCAAGCUGCCACAAUAGAAAAAGAUACGAGGCAACAGAACCGGAGUGAUCUUUGGAAAACUCUCAGAAAAUUUCGUUUUACAGCUUCAAAAUUUGGUUAUGUAUGUAAAAGAAAAUUAUUCAAUAGUGAAUUUAUUAAACAAUUUGUGUGCCCUCCUGAUAUAAGUCAUAUCAAAGCUGUGGCUCAUGGAGUGAAAAGUGAACAAUUAGCCAUAAAUGCAUUUUUGAAAGUAUAUAAUCAGUUCACUCACUACAAAUGUGCUUUGAUAGUGCACCCAUAUGCUAUCCAUUUAGGUGCAAGCCCUGAUGGCAUCUUAUAUGACGCUAUCUUUUCCAGCUUUGGUGUUUUGGAAGUGAAAUGUCCUUGUAGUGGUAGGGCAAAUAGUUUGGAGGAGUACACCCGAUUGAAAACCUUCCGUAUGAGUUACGAACAAAAUAAGGAAUUGAGAUUAAAAACCAACCAUAAUUAUUUUUAUCAAAUUCAGGGGCAAAUGCUGAUAACUGGAUUAUCAUGGGCAUAUUUUGUUGUGUUUAUAGCAAAAACACAACAAAUUGUAUGUGAUAAAAUCCUAUUCGACCAAAUUUUUUGUUUAGAAAUGUACCAAAAAUUGACUCAAAGGUAUGAUGAACAUCUGAAAGAUGUGGUUGUUCUGGAUGUCACCGAGGAUGUCACAUAA